CGAAAUUCUCCCUCAAGGCGGGAAACACAGCCUGAAGAGUGAUUUUCCUUGGGCCUAAACUCAAAUUGGGGCUUUGAUUUCUAAAAUUUCUCAGUUCCCUCGAGAAACCAUCUCGCUGAGCUUCACAGAUCGGCAAAUGGAGAAGUCAGAGAGGAUCUAUGUCACUGUACGCGCUAGACCUCUCUCUCUGGAGGACGCAAAGACGAGCCCCUGGCGAAUCUGUGACGAGACCAUCUCCCUCGCUAACCAGUCCACGAAAUUCGAAUUCGAUCGAAUAUUUGGAGAAGAUUGCAAGACUGUAGAAGUCUACGAAGCUCGGACCAGAGAGAUUGUUGCCGCUGCAGUUCGUGGUUUCAACGGCACAGUAUUUGCAUACGGACAAACUAAUAGUGGAAAAACACAUACAAUGCGAGGAUCAGCUGCUGAACCAGGGGUUAUCCCUCUUGCAGUUUAUGAUUUAUUCCAGAUCAUAGAAGAGGAUGUGGAUCGAGAAUUUCUUUUGCGAAUGUCAUAUAUGGAGAUCUACAAUGAAGAGAUCAAUGAUUUAUUAGCUCCUGAGCACAGGAAAUUACAGAUUCAUGAGAGUCUUGAGAGAGGGAUCUUUGUUGCUGGUUUGAGAGAAGAGAUUGUUGCCUCUCCUGAGCAAGUACUUGAUUUUAUGGAAUUUGGAGAAUCUCAUCGCCACAUAGGGGAGACAAAUAUGAAUGUUUACAGUAGUAGGUCCCAUACUAUUUUCCGCAUGAUAAUUGAGAGUAAGGAGAAAUCUGAUGAUGGAGAUAUUGGAACUUCAUGUGAUGCUGUUCGUGUAUCUGUUUUGAAUUUGGUGGACCUUGCUGGUUCAGAACGUGCUGCAAAGACUGGUGCAGAAGGUGUACGUCUGAAAGAGGGUUCCCACAUCAAUAAAAGCCUGAUGACACUUGGAACCGUGAUAAAGAAACUAAGUGAAGGUGCAGAGAGCCAAGGAGGUCAUGUGCCCUACCGAGAUAGCAAGCUCACACGUAUUUUACAACCUGCACUAGGUGGAAAUGCAAAUACUGCUAUAAUAUGCAACAUCACCCUUGCUCAGGUUCAUGCUGAUGAGACAAAAAGUAGCCUUCAAUUCGCAAGUAGAGCAUUACGUGUUACUAAUUGUGCACGCGUAAAUGAGAUUUUAACAGAUGCUGCUUUGCUUAAGCGUCAGAAGAAGGAAAUUGAGGAGUUACGAGCAAAACUGCGGGAAUCGCACUCGGAACAUCUUGAAGAGGAGAUUCUCAAUCUGCGGAAUACAUUAUUAAAGAGUGAACUGGAAAGAGAGCGAAUAGCUUUGGAGUUGCAACAGGAAAAGGAAGCUCAAGCUCAACGUGAGAGGAGGUUGCAAGAGCAAGAUAGGAAAAUAGAGAACUUGAGAUCAAUGGUGUUUUAUUCAAAUAGGGAUGAGAAAUCCGGUCAUUAUAAAAAGGAUAAGAGGCGGGAUACAUGGUGUCCAGGUGCUCUUUCACGAGAGGCUCUUAAAGAGGUGUCCUCUGAAGCCCAGUCAAGGGUUUCUGUUAUGGAGACCACAAGAGCUCAACGAGAUACGGGGUUGCCCAUCCCUUUUGAAGAAUUAAUCAAGGAAAGUGAAGUCACUACAUGCCCUCAAGACAUCUGCAUACCUGAUAAAAACUGCAAUAAUGACUCAUCAGAGGACUGUAACAUUCCUGAUGCCCGUGCAUUGUUGCAUGUUACUAAUAGAAGAAAACUGCCACUGAAAAAGAAAAGCUCAAUUGUGGAAAGCUCUGAAUUAGCAGAAAUGCAGGUGGAAUACGAGGCUUUACUGUUGAAAUUUGAGACUCAGAGGACAUCAAAAGACCUAGAAAUUGAAUGCUUAACAAAAAACUUAACUGAUGUCUUGUGCUACUCAAAUGGAGAAAAUACGGAUUCUUAUAGUUGCAAGCUAAGUGGUAGUACUUUUGGUGGAGAUAAAAAUCUUACGUUGAGGGAGUCAGAGGCAAUUAUUGUGAUCAAACAACUUCAGGAACAGAUUAAGACAUUAGAAGUGGAGAAGUCCACACUCCAGAAAAAUUUGGACAAUGUUGUUGAGUUAGCAACAGAACAGAAUAUAUCUGCCAGAGAUAAGUAUGAUGAGGUAAUUUUGAUAUAAAUGAUACACGUG